AUGGAGCUUAUGAAACUGGGAGGACAGUAUAACAGAUACCAGCGAGUCUGCAGAAUGGAAGAACUCAACCCCUCUGUCAUCCCGUCUAACAUUUCCUCCUCUGAUGGAGAUCCACCUCUUGCCACCUGGGUCUCCAUCAGGCUGAUCCCUGCGUUGGUGCUGUCCCUCUGCUUCCUGCUCGGAGUACCUGGAAACAUCGCUGUGAUCAUCCUCAGACCAAACUGGCAGCACCUGUCCAGUCUGAGCCAGAGUUUGAUGCUGAAUUUGGCCAUAUCAGAUCUGCUCUGCCUGAUCACCCUGCCCCUGUGGAUUUACACUUUUCUGUACAGCUGGACCUUCGGCCUGGUGACCUGUAAGCUCAUUGCAUAUCAAGUUUACUGCAGUGUUUAUGGCAGCCUGCUGACGGUGACGGCGCUGAGUGUCCAGCGCUACCUACAGGUGGUAAAGCUGCAGAAGAUCUUCAGUCAGGUUGGAAGGAAGAGGAUGCUGGUCCUCCUGUGGCUGACUGCGAUGAUCCUGUCCGUCCCUGCUUUAGCGUUUCGGCAGCCGACCACCGAAGACCACUUGACCAGCUGCAUUUCUCACUACUCCUCCACGGACCAGCAGGUGGCUGUGCUGCUGACGGAGUCUCUGCCGGGGUUUGUUUCAAUAACUAUUGUAGUAUUUUCAUACAUCAGCGUGCACAGAAAAGUGAACGAGGCAGCGCUCUUCAACAACCCACAGACGACCCGUCUGGUCACAAGUAUCAUUGUGACCUUUUUUGUGCUAUGGAUGCCGUUUCACAUCACAAAUAUGCUGAUGGUUGCAGCUCUUUCACGCAACGAUGACAACAUGUUGAAGUCUUGCACGUACAGCCGGAGAAUAAGUAGAGCGCUUGUAUUUGUAAAUAGUUUCAUGAAUCCACUCCUUUAUGCAUUUGCUUCUAGAAAAAUCUCCAAUGCGUGCAAAAAAAGGGGAACUUAG